AAAAAGAAAAAGAAAAAGGAUUGUUAGGUUAUACUUACCACAAGCACUCGAGUAUUCUCUCUCCUUUUUUAAUUGCAGGAAAACUUGAGAAAAAAUGAUGGGAAGAUGCUCGAUUUCAUCAUCGGAAAAGGCACAGUUGUUCCAGACCUUGAAUGGGAUUCAACAACUUUCUCAAUCUCGUCGUUUCAAGGCAUGGUUCUUAGAUCAGUUUGGUGUUCUUCAUGAUGGGAAACAACCUUAUCCUGGUGCAAUUUCAACAUUUUGUGUAACAGUGGAAAGGCUAGCUACCAGUGGUGCCAAGAUGGUGAUAAUCAGUAAUUCCUCAAGACGUGCAUCAAUAACCAUGGAAAAGUUAAAAACCCUUGGAUUUGAUCCCUCUAUGUUUCUAGGAGCCAUCACAAGUGGGGAAUUAACUCAUCAGUACCUGCAAAGGAGAAGCGAUGAUUGGUUUGCAGCACUUGGAAGGUCCUGCAUUCACAUGACGUGGAGUGAUCGGGGUGCUAUAUCACUUGAGGGCCUAGGUUUACAAGUAGUGGAGAAUGUUGAAGAAGCUGAGUUUAUUUUGGCCCAUGGCACUGAAGCCUUGGGGCUUUCUUCUGGUACUACAUUUCCUAUGAAACUUGAAGAUCUUGAGAAAAUAUUGGAGCAGUGUGCAGCUAAAAAUAUCCCCAUGGUCGUAGCAAAUCCAGAUUUUGUGACAGUUGAGGCCAGAGCUCUACGUGUCAUGCCUGGUACAUUGGCAGCCAAAUAUGAAAAACUUGGUGGGGAAGUAAAAUGGAUGGGCAAGCCUGAUGAGAAAAUCUAUAAAUCAGCUAUGGCCAUGGCUGGUGUGGAUGUUGGUGAUUGUAUCGCUGUGGGUGACUCUCUCCACCAUGAUAUAAAGGGUGCUAAUAUAGCUGGGAUGCAAUCAGCAUUUAUAACUGGUGGAAUCCAUGCAAGUGAACUUGGACUUGGUAAUUAUGGAGAACUGGCAGAUUCAUCUUCGGUGCAGGCUCUUGCAUUGAAAUACGAUGCUCAUCCAUCGUUUGUAUUACCUGCAUUUAUGUGGUAGUCUCUUGCUUGAGAACGAAGAGAUUGGUUAAUUGGGACUGGCUUUUAAGUUUCUACUGCUGCAAAACAUAAUGAGAAAAACAGGGAUCUGCGCUGAGGUUAGAUAUACACAAAUAAUUUGAUGUCUGAAAACUGUAGUACUAUGGAGCCAACAACAUGUAUAAUUUGGCUUCUGAACUAUUCUGACAGUAACUUUUGAGCAAAAUUUUAUGUUAAAUUCGUAUAUUUUCACAAUUUGGUUAUUUGACUUAUGAACUAGCCAAUGACAUGUAUAAUU